AUGUUAAGUCGUUUAUUGCAGAUAAUGUUGACGACUAUCUAUCGACUUCUUUCAAACGUUAUUGUUCUUUAUUUAUUUAUAGCUGAUUCAUUCGUUUUACAUUCGAUUGUUUUACUUUCUUCUUUAUUGCCUCUUUUUUUCUUUCAUAUUUUCUCGUCUGCUUUCAAACAUUUUUACUUUACCGUCUCUUACUUUUUACAUCUCUUUUUCUUUCAUUUUGUCCAGUCUUUUUUAUCUUUUUCCUACCAAUCUACCCGUUUCCUUAUUCGCCUUUCUUUAGUUACCUUCGCACAUAAACGUUAUUAUCCCUUUCCUUCCUCAUGUUUGUCUCGUUUUAUCUUCGCUAUCUAUCUUUCAUUUUAUUUACCUUACUCUCCCUCGUCUUUUCCCGCUUUCCUUCUUCUCUUUAAUUUAUUUAUUCACUUUAUUGCUUUAUUGCUUUAUUUUUCCAUUACAAAUAGUCAGAUUCAAAACAUUAAACUCUCUCUCUCUCUCUCUCUCUCUCUCUCUCUCUCUCUCUCUCUCUCUCUCUCUCGUAAGUUCCGAGAGCCAGUUCAUUCUUUCUCUCCCUCUCAACUUCAUUCUUUUUCUCCCUCUAAUCUUCUUUCUCUCUCUUCCUCUAAUCUUCUUCCUCUCAUCUUCAUUCAUUCUCUCCCUCCCAUCUUCAUUCUCUCUCUUCCUCUCAUAUUCAUUCUUUCUCUCCCUCCCAUCUUCAUUCUCUCUCUCCCCCUCAUCUUCAUUCUCUCUUUCUCCCCCUCAUCUUCAUUCUCUCUCUCCCUCUCAUCUUCAUUCUCUCUCUCUCCCUCUCAUCUUCAUUCUCUCUCUCCAUCCCAUCUUCAUUCUCUCUUUCUCCCCCUCAUCUUCAUUCUCUCUCCCUCUCAUCUUCAUUCUCUCUCUCUCUCCCUCUCAUCUUCAUUCUCUCUCUCCAUCCCAUCUUCAUUCUCUCUUUCUCCCCCUCAUCUUCAUUCUCUCUCUCCUCUCUUCUUCAUUCUCUCUCUCCCCUCCCAUCUUCAUUCUCUCUUUCUCCUCCUCAUCUUCAUUCUCUCUCUCUCCCUCUCAUCUUCAUUCUCUCUCUCCAUCCCAUCUUCAUUCUCUCUUUCUCCCCCUCAUCUUCAUUCUCUCUCUCCCUCUCAUCUUCAUUCUCUCUCUCCCUCCCAUCUUCAUUCUCUCUUUCUCCCCGUCAUCUUCAUUCUCUCUCUCCCUCUCAUCUUCAUUCUCUCUCUCCCUCCCAUCAUCAUUCUCUCUUUCUCCCCGUCAUCUUCAUUCUCUCUCUCCCUCUCAUCUUCAUUCUCUCUCUCUCCCUCUCAUCUUCAUUCUCUCUCUCCCCCUCAUCUUCAUUCUCUCUUUCUCCCCUCAUCUUCAUUCUCUCUCUCUCCCUCUCAUCUUCAUUCUCUCUCUCCUCCAUCUUCAUUCUCUCUUUCUCCCCGUCAUCUUCAUUCUCUCUCUCCCUCUCAUCUUCAUUCUCUCUCUCCCUCCCAUCUUCAUUCUCUCUCUCCCUCUCAUCUUCAUUCUCUAUCUCCCUCCCAUCUUCAUUCUCUCUUUCUCCCCCUCAUCUUCAUUCUCUCUUUCUCCCCCUCAUCUUCAUUCUCUCUCUCCCUCUCAUCUUCAUUCUUUCUUUCCCUCUCAUCUUCAUUCUCUCUCUCUCCCUCUCUUCUUCAUUCUCUCUCUCCCUCCCAUCUUCAUUCUCUCUUUCUCCUCCUCAUCUUCAUUCUCUCUCUCCCUCUCAUCUUCAUUCUCUCUCUACUUUUCUUCCAUGCCAUUCAAUAA